CAGAGAGGAAAGAGACAUGUUGGAGGCUAGCAGGGCUGCGGAGCAGCGCAUCUAGACGGGGGGACGGCCACCCUUUCCUAGAUGGGCUACCUUCCCCUAAGUGGAGGGAGACACAUUAGAACUGCGUAGCUCUCGCCCGAGCACGGCUUGAUCUUUCUGGAUGUUCGUAUGCGGGAUUCAGAUGACGUUUGAAAUGUGGGAGAUGGUGGCUUUGCCGAGGGGGAGCUCUCCCUUCCUGUCGUCUAGGACAAGAUGGCAGCAGUGCAGGCGAACUGGGCAUGCUAUGGAUUUAUAAAUCCGUAACAUGUUCAGAAAAGCCCCCGAUUGUAUUUAUAGUGACUCUAUGUGAAGGUAUGGCCUCACAAGUCUUGGUUUACCCACCACACAUUUAUCAAACCCAGACAAGUGCCUUUAGCAGUGUGAAGAAACUCAAAGUUGAGCCCAGCAGCUGUGUGUACCAUGAGAGAGCACAUCCGUGGACUUAUCUGAACAGACGAAACCUUGGUAUUGUGCACCCGACGAAAGCCCGCUCGUUCUUGAGCCAAGACUUGACGGUGGGUGCAAAAGUGUUUGGAGGACAAGUGUACCCCGUGAAGACAGUCAUAGUGCCGGGCAUCCAGAGACAACAGCCCGGGAAAAGAGGUGGAGGAUCGGGCCCAUCUGCGGUCCAGCAGCGGCAGAACACAGGGAUUGUCCACAAGCAGGGCCAGGAUUAUCAGCAGCAGAAGACGGCCACAGCAAGUGGGGGCAGCAGUGGAGCAACAGGGGCAGGAGGAGGGGGAAGGGGAGCGGGCUGCAGCCGAGGAGGUGAGGGAGGUGGAGAGGAGGAGGAGAAGGAGGAGGGUGACAUAGAAGCGGACUGUGGAGGUUUGAACUCGGCUGACAGCUCUCAGCGAUGUGGGCUGAAACGUAAAAGUGAGGAGCUGGAUAAUCGAGGGAGCACCAUGCAGAUUGUGGAGGAACUGUCAAUGUUGCCUGCCAUGUUGCAAACAACGAAUGUCGGAAACGCAGCUGCAGCGACUGCGGCCGUGGGGACUGGAGGGGGGACUUCCAAGCAAGCUGCAGGACCCGUGGGUGUUGGUGCUGCAGGGGGAGCGGGAGGAUGUGACGGGGACUAUCAAGUAGUACAGCAUGAGGUUCUUUGCUCCCUGAAGAAUACUUACGAAGUGCUGGAUUUCUUGGGACGGGGCACAUUUGGACAGGUUGUAAAGUGCUGGAAAAGAGGCACGGGUGAGGUAGUGGCCAUAAAGAUCCUGAAGAACCAUCCGUCAUACGCCCGACAAGGUCAAAUAGAAGUAGGCAUCCUUGCGCGUCUGAGUGGGGAGAACGCAGACGAACACAACCUGGUGCGAGCCUUUGAAUGCUUCCAACACCGCAGCCACACCUGCCUUGUGUUCGAGAUGCUCGAGCAGAACCUGUAUGAUUUUCUAAAGCAGAACAAGUUCAGCCCACUGCCCCUGAAAGUGAUCAGACCUGUACUACAGCAGGUGGCCACGGCUCUGAAAAAGUUGAAGACUAUGGGUCUGAUUCAUGCAGACCUCAAACCUGAGAACAUUAUGCUGGUGGAGCCGAUAAGGCAACCCUACAGGGUGAAGGUGAUAGACUUUGGCUCAGCCAGCCACGUGUCCAAAGCAGUUUGCUCCACGUACCUCCAGUCUCGGUACUAUAGGGCUCCAGAGAUUAUUUUGGGAUUGCCAUUUUGUGAAGCCAUAGACAUGUGGUCCCUAGGCUGUGUGAUAGCUGAGCUUUUCCUCGGCUGGCCCCUUUAUCCGGGUGCCUUGGAAUAUGACCAGAUUCGCUACAUUUCUCAGACACAAGGUUUGCCUGGAGAACAUUUACUGAAUGCCGGGACGAAGACAACACGUUUCUUUUGCAGAGAGUCUGACUCGCCUUAUGCAGUCUGGAGAAUAAAGUCUACAGAUGAGCAUGAGGCCGAAACGGGGAUGAAAUCAAAGGAGGCGAGGAAGUACAUCUUCAGCUAUUUGGAUGACAUAGUGCAUGUGAACCUGGUGAUGAAUCUGGAAGGCAGCGACUUGCUCGCAGAAAAAGCAGACCGCCGGGAGUUUGUGGGUCUGCUGAAGAAAAUGUUGCUCAUCGAUGCAGAGGAGAGGAUCGCCCCCGCUGAAGCGCUCAGUCACCCCUUUGUGACAAUGCAACACCUGCUCGACUUCCCUCAUAGCAACCAUGUGAAGUCGUGUUUCCAUAUCAUGGAUAUUUGCUCAACCCGUCCCAACACGUAUGAGGGAACCAACAGAAGUAAAGGACCCUUCGUCAGACCUGUGGCCGCUCCUGCUGCAGCCACAGUUAACCACCCGUUCAACAAAAUGACUGUUGUCCACCCUCAAGCAUUAGCACCAUCUGCCCCCUCGGUGUUGCACCCUGCAAUACCAUUACAAACAGGAAGUGGACAAUUUGGAGGCAACGAUUCAUUUCAACAGGCGCUCAUCUUAUGUCCCCCCACCAUUCAAGGAAUACCAACCAACACUGUGAAACCAGCUGGCUACUCUGUUCGAAUGGAGGCCUCUGUGCCUCUUGUCACUCAAGCGCCCCCAAUCCAGCCCAUCCAAAUCAGGCCAGGAGUAAUCACACAGGCUUGGUCGAACCGAGCCCAGCAGAUUCUGGUGCCCACUUGGCAGCAGGUGACAUCAGUUCCCCCACCGCCAACCACUUUGGCAUCUGACACAGUGGCGGGCCCACCGAGAGUGGGUGACUGGGGGAAAGUGCGUCCCCAUGGUAACCAUUACAGCUCCAUGAUUGCCCACCCUCAGCCAUUCUUAACCAACCAAAUGACCAUGUCCGCCCACCAGCCAAUAAAUAUAGGCAUUGCACAUGUGGUGUGGCCGCAGCCCGCUGCCAACAAGAGAGCGAAGCCUUGUACCAACAGAGGCAGCAGCUUUUCCCAAAACACAAACAUCCAAACUUUACCAUGCCAGUCCCCAAAGAUGGCUGAUAUAGCAAAGAAUGUGGAAGAGUCGUCAGGGCAAGAUGCUAGGUGCCCUAAAAAGGGGCAUGCUGUCGUACAGGAGCAAGAAACGGAGCAGGCCGAAGAAGACGAUGACAACUGUUGUAAAGUACAGCCGGACAGCGAGGAGCUUUCGGUUUCGCAAGAGCAGCGGCAUGCCAUGGUGAUCUCUGAACUAACUAGCCCAUCUGUCAGUGUCAUCAGCAUCAGUAGUGAUGAAGAGGAGGGCGCACAAAGGCACGUGAUGGGCGAAUGUAAAGGAAGUGCUGAUUGCGAGGCAUGUCAGAGCACAGUUAAUAUGGAGAGAGUCUGUUCCCUCAGUAGCCCCGACAGCACGCUUAGCACCAGCUCCUCGGCCUCCGUGCAGUCCAGCACGUCACCCUGCAAACAUCCCAACAGUAUGUUUGAUGAUGAACAGGAGAGUGGCUGCGACACAGUGGACAUCUCACCUGCUUCCAACGGCAAUAACAACAGUCCCUUCCCCGACCGGUGUUACAUCGCAAACAGCAAUCAGAACUGCAAGCCUCGUGUUACACGCGUUGCCCUGGAAACCGAGCCCAGCAAGCCAGCCGUGCGUACGGCUGCAGUGCCUCCAAUGAGGGUACAGAACAACAACACUGGCGUCAGUGAAACACCUGGCAACACAGUUUUGGAGUCUUCAUACCAGCCCAAAGGGAGAGGCCCUUCUGGGCGGCAUCAUCACCACUCCACUCCUCUCCUCAACCGUUCCCAAAAGAUCACCCCUUCAUUCCAGCCCCAGCAGCAGCAACCCAUUGGCUUUGGGCAGGUCCAACAUUUCACUUCCUGCCACCAGGAAUGGAACGGCAACUUUGCCCACCGCAGACCGCAGGCCUUCAUCCCUCCCACCAUACACGGGCCUGCAUUCACCCUGUCCCACAGCAGUCCGAACCACUCUGCAGGCCAUCCCCACCUUGGGGGGCACCCGCACUCUCAACCCACCUUGUUGUCCUAUCCCCCGUCUGGUCCUCUGGUCACGGCUGCGCCCGUGGCCCACCUCUUGGCCUCCCCUGGUGCCACGCGUCCCGUCCUUCAGCCCGCGUACAGCAUCUCUCACCCAGCGGGCAUCGUGCAUCAGGUCACAAUGGGCAUCAACCGGCUUUUGCCCUCCCCCACCUUGCAUCCCCAAGGCCAAUUCAAGCCCCUCUUCCCCCCGCAUUCCUACAUUGCCUCGCCGGCAUACGCCAGUUUCCCACUCAGCCCCACCAAAAUAAACCAGUACCCCUACAUCUGAGCAUGGGUGCCCAGGUACUCUUUUCACUACCGAGGGCUAAGUGCACGGGGCAAAUUCUGUCUUAAUCCACAAGCAACAUGGUUUUUCAUUUCCAAAAACCAUGGCACAACCACAGAGAAAGCAAGCUAUUUUUUGAAUCAUGUCAACUUGGGUGUAAUUGAACUUCAAGCUUUAAAAAAAAAAAAAAAAAAAAAAAGACGUUUGAGAUUUGG